AUGACGAGUAAUCUUGCGGGCAUUGAGCCACCAUUGCUCACCGGCAAUCGCUCCUUUCAACUGCCUCCCACUCGCACAGCCUCUCACGACCUUCAGCAGACAUCCAGGACGUGGCCGCGUCAGACUUUCAACCCAACGCCCAAUGCGCCACCAAGCUCCCAGGAUGCCUCCGAGCCUGCUUCCAAGAGACAGAAGACCGGAGAUCCUGCUACAGAAUCAAUCGGAAAGACGAGUGGAAUCUUACGAAGCGUUUUGGACAUUAGUACUGCGAUAAGUGAAAAGGGUAGGCCUCUCAUAAAGAGCGCGGAUUUCUUACCGGGAAAAGAGAGCGCAGAUAAAGAACAGCAACCUUCCCUAUUUCCCACUCGCCCUGGUAAAAACCCUCAACGUGGUGGCAACCAGCAGGGUCGCGCGCUGGCUAUCGAGAGAGCCACUGCAAGAGACGUCGUCCCAGUCAAACCCUAUGUUCCCGAACCUCCCUCCUUCGCGCCACGGUUCCAUAAAGCUGGGCCUGCAGACUUCUUCCCGUGGACGGGCUGUCACGCAGAGGAUGUCCUUAACGAGCUAACCACCAGACAAGGCUUCUACGACAAAUCCCCCGUCUCCCAGAACGAGUCCAACACUGCUAGACCAUCGGUCUGGUCUAGCCUGAAGCACAAAUCUGGCCUCCAAAUCUUGUCGUCUUUGUUCGUCUCAGCGCUCGAUCAGAGGCAGAUUCACGGCACCAUUACCACGAACACUACUUUCAAGCCUCCACCGAGGGUGACUCUGACCGACACGAAGCGGGAGGCUUGGCUCCGAGAUCUUGCAAAUCCUUCAAUCCCUUUACGACGGUUAAGUCGAACAAUUCCGCACGGCAUUCGAGGGAAGAUACUCCUGGACCACUGCCUAAGCAAAGAUAUCCCUACGUUCAGAGCCAUCUGGCUUGUCAAAUGCGUGGGGGCCAACGAAAUUCGAGCGUUCAAAAGGAAAGGAACAGGCGGUGUCUUUACCGUUGGUGGAGAAGCCAAAUGGAUCAAAGACUGGACAGCCAAUGUCGAGCAAUUUCUCGAGUCUAUCGUUGGUCUUUGUGGCAGUGCUGACUGGAGAUCGAAGAUUAAUUAUGGCUUGCGUCUGAUUACACACCUCUACUCGGAGCAUCUUCUCGAUCGGGACCACUACCUUGACUGGCUGAUCGUCUCCUUUCGAGACAGCGAUCUAGAUGCUCUACCUAUGUGGCUCCUGGUCAUGCAGAUACAUCAGCAAGAUAUUCUCCAGCACAGACAACGUGGACGACGUUUAGCUGAAGCGUUAUCGAAGCAUUUAGAUAAGGCAUCUCUAACAACUACCCACGAAGUGUAUGACACAGUCUUCAAACAACUCGCCAAGCUUCUCAAGACUGUUAUGCUUUCGGCCCCUGCGUGCUUCAUCCUUCCAGCUUGCUGGAGCAAGUACGGAGACGCAAUCAAGAGGUGUCUGGACAAAAAUGAAAGCCGUUUGCAAUCCACCUUUGACAGCCUCUCGAAGCGUAAUUGGAGACUCCGCAACCGCUCUUUGAACCAAAGUAGUCAGGCGACCAAAUCUCACAGACAGACCAUCAUAGUGUAUCUGGACAGCUUGUACGAUCACCAAAGCAUUGGCAAAAUUGCAGGCGCGUGCCUGCGGGUCACCGGCGAUUAUAACUUGCUUGUUCGAACAUGCAUCGAGUGGUCGUCCAGCGUCUAUAGGCACGGUCGCUUUAGGGCAUAUGCUGCAGCACGUCUACUCCGUAUCUGGAAAAGAAAAGGCGUCGAUCUUCAAGGCCCAAUAUUUAAUUUCUUGGCUGCAAGUCCAGAUGUUCCGGGCUUGCAGAAGAGAGACGUAUACAGAUUGCUUGCUGAACUUUUUCGUUCUCAGCACAUGUCUGUCAGUAAGUAUCUACAAUGGCUCAUCGCUCGUGGAACGUUGGAUGGUUAUCAUGACCCUAACAUGGAGGGUCCAUGCGAUGUCUACUUGCUAUUUGAGCUGCCUUUGCAGGGCCUGCCAUCUCACGUUCUCAAUUUACGAAGCAUGCUUUUGACUACGCUGGGAGUUCCUGCUGAGCGAGAAAGAGACAUGAUCAUUGCAGCAAAGGCGAAAAUACUAAGUCAGGUCCCAGGGUUUUUCCUUUGGGAUGCUUCAUCUGGCUCGGGAGCAGGCUGUGAUGAAUUUGCUUUGUUGAGUCAAACGGUAAAGUCUGCCGUUGCUCUGUGGAUUCGCAAAACCCUGUUUUCACGCCUCCAAGUCUUCGGAAGGACUGAUUCGGCAUCUGAAGAUACUAAACAGCCAAACAGAGAUAAAGUCACUUUUUGUCUCGUCACCUUAGAACAAUUCCACGCCAUCCGACGCAUUCUCGAAGACUUCGAAGACUUCGCAAUCCUCGCUGAUGUCCUAAAUAUAUUGUCCGAUGAAGUGCAAGGGCCUAUUUUGACGGCUGUCACCGAUACAGUCAACCAGUAUUAUGAUGUGUUCAACGCCAUAGGUGCUGCCGAUGAUACAUUUCGAAGAUUGUAUCAACGGGUGGAAGAAUCUCAUGGCCCCGAGGUCGUUGAAAAUGCUUUUCUUGAAUCGCUGAUUGACCUGGCUAGCCGCUUUCCCAACGCGGCUCAGGAAGUCCAAAGGCUUCGAAACGAUACGUUGGCUCUUGUGCCCAGAUCAUCUGUCGUCGCUUUCUCGCCCAUCUCGGACAAUAUGGUUGAAGCAGCGCAAUCAGCCGAACCAACGUUUGCGGACGAGAUGGACCAAAUACUCGCAGGAGGGACCAGUAUGGACAAGCAAACUUUAAGUCGAAUGUUCGGCGCUAUAAUUGGCCAUCUAGAAACAUCAUUCGAGGAGUCAAGUCAAUUAGGUAUCCGAUUUUCGCGGCUGCUCGCUCGGCUGCGCAGAUUUGGUCCAAAGACGUUCGACGCACUGCUCAAAGAUUGGCUCCAGAAGUGGCUGCGUUCCAGUCUUCAGGCAAAGCUGGGGAUAAUAUUGCCACCAAUGAUUUGUUCUAAAGUCGUCUCGUUGAAGGUAGUUCUGGAUUCUACCGCACAGCUUCUCGUUCUUGAAGACCACCGAAAUGAUCGGGCUACUCUAGCCUUUGAGAUGUUGGAUAUGGUGAUUACGGCCAGCUCUGGACCGAUGCCCAUCGUGAACUACCGAGGCUACCGGCUUCUUGAUCAAUUUCGUCGCCUCAUUCGCGUGUCUUCGGCCUCGAUUACAACCUUACUCAGUGUCGUUGUAGAGACAUGCAGAGCAACGGAAGCUCCCUUGCGCACGCGCGCUCGGGCUCGAGUUGGAGACCUUUCGGUCAGGAACCUGAUACAGACUCUCGUGCUACAGCAGCCCAGCAUGUCAAGAGUAGUCGCAUCCGCUUUACCCAAUACCGACUUACAAACAGCUUUUGGGGGAGUUUUGGACCAGGAUCAGGAUCAGCUAGGAGAGUCCUCGAACCUUGAUCGACACAAUAAGAUCUCGGGGCUUCUACACAGCAUUAGUGACUUCAACGUGCCCCUCGUCCAGUUGCAGUUGAGGGCAAUCUUGUCAGAUACCGGAUCCUUGGAGAAUGCUGAGGAUACCUUGUCAGAUAUCAUCGUAGAGCAGAACGGCGCUUCAAGUUUUGGCCGCGUUGAGUUGUGGGCAUGCCUCGUCUCCGAACUGCCCGUCCCACAAGCGGCUUCAGUUCGAGAGAAGGCUGAGACCGAAAUACUUUGUUUGGUUGUUACAGAUGCGACAUCGAUGUGCCACGGGGACAAGACGCGGCUCGACGGUUUGACUGCAAUAGUCGAAGCAGCUGGGUUCAGUGUAUCAGAUGCCGAGACUUCCCCAUUCCUUGACCAAAUCGCAGAUGGACUCUCAUUGAUUUGCUCUUCGCACCAGCUGGAUAAAUAUCAGCACGAUCAUGAUGAGAUCGACUCAGACCAUAUGGGCCAGUGUAUCGAUGUUCUCAUUUCCUUGCUCAUCAUCCACCAGUCGACAAUCCAGCACCCAAGAUUCUCUCAGUCCGCCCUCUUUCAAGUCCUUAUCUCUCUCAGUCGUCUCCUGAUACAUCCGUUCCUUACCUUCCAUCCAACUCUUCCCAGCUACGUAUUCGAUACACUCGCUCUCCUCUCCGACUCCCUCUCCGACGACACUCGAAUGCGCUGCAUUCGCACCCUUCGUGACCACCAUCACAGUCAGGAUGCGCGCUUACGAUUCAUCUUCGGCUACCCUGAGACUGUCAACAGUGAAUGGCUACAACUACUUACAAAGCCCUCGACAAUCGCUGAAGCAAAGUCCGAGGGCGUGACGAUGCAGCCAUACUCCCUUCGGAGAUGGGAAAUGAUGCAAGAUGCAACCCCCGUCUCCACGGAAAAUGAUACCAGUCUUAGCUUAACGCUUUUCGGGGCCAGGAAAUCUGUUUUAUAG